UUAAAUGAUUGGCUUUUUUCUUCCAUUACCAAAAAGAGAUCACAAAAGUCUUGUCAUGUGUCAUCUAAAACAUAUGCUCCACUGGCAGGAUUACUAGUAAGAACGAUAUUUAUUCCCCUCCACAAUUAGUAGUGACGGUGCUGUCAAAUGCCCUUGAGCUCUACUGAGCAUGCUCACUUUUUCUGGUCUGUUCAUUGCAUUUGAUUCUUUAGCUGUAGCCUCUCUCUCCCCUUCAUUGCUUUUAUGUACAGACAGAAGAGACGGUAACCAAAAGAGAAUCUACAUUAUUCCUCCUGCACACUCCAUAAACUGAACAUUUGGGUCUGUGUUUCUGGAUUCACAGGUAGCUAUUCUCAAUUCUCUGUUUUCUUCAAAUUUAAAAGACAGGAAUGGAUACACUAUCGGAUGCUGGAGAGCAUAUUUUCUCCCUUUAACAUCUCUUGGUAUGGUAUAUUUUUGAGGGAUCACUUACUCAGCAGCUUCUAAACAAGAGUCCUAGUUACCUGAGGAAAUGGAUACUUCACCUUCCAAACAAUAUCCAGUAAAAAAACGAGUGAAAAUUCAUCCUAACACAGUGACAGUGAAAUAUACUUCUCAUUAUCCACAGCCUGGAGAGGAAGGGUAUGAAGAAGCAAAUGAAGACAUUGAGAGUUUUGUGGAAGAUAAUCCAAAGAGAAGAUUGCUGAGCAAUGGCCAGCGGAGAGGAAGAUCCUUCUUUGGCACUAUUGACAUCCCAUCUCAGGAACCACAAAAGCCAGAAGCUAAUAAGAGUGGGCAAGGCCAAAGUUUUGUAGACAGAAGCAUUUUUCAGUCCAGAAAGACUUGGGCAGUGCUUUUUGGAUCUGCUUUGGCCCAUGGUUGUGUUGCCCUGAUAACUAGACUUGCUUCUGAUCGUUCCAAAGUGCCAUCUCUAGAACUGAUCUUCAUUCGUUCUGUUUUACAAGUGUUUUCCGUCUUAGUUGUGUGCUACUACCAUGAGGAACCUUUUGGACCGAAAGGAUACAGACUGCGGUUGUUCUUUUAUGGAGUAUGCAAUGUUAUUUCCAUUACCUGUGCUUAUACUUCCUUUGCAAUAGUACCCCCAAGCAACGGGACUACAAUGUGGAGAGCUACCACCACUGUCUUCAGCGCCAUCUUGGCAUUUUUAUUAGUAGAUGAGCGAAUGGCUUACAUUGAUGUAAUCACUGUGGUGAGUAGCAUCUUUGGUGUUUGCCUGGUCAUGAUCCCCAACAUUGUUGAUGAAGAAGAUUCUCUGCUUAAUAUUUGGAAAGAGGCCUUUGGAUAUACCAUGACAGUUAUGGCAGGCGUAACCACAGCUCUUUCCAUGAUCGUGUACAGGUCCAUUAAGGAUAAUGUCAGCAUGUGGACAGCACUGUUUACCUUUGGUUGGACUGGAACAGUGUGGGGAGCCUCCACCAUGUUUUUCCUCCAAGAGCCAAUAAUUCCACUGGAUGGAACAAGCUGGGGCUAUCUCAUGGGCAUCUGCAUAUGUUCCACAGUGGCUUUUCUGGGUGUCUAUUAUGCCUUGAACAAAUUUCAUCCAGCCUUGGUCAGCACAGUGCAGCAUCUGGAGAUUGUGAUAGCUAUGAUCCUUCAGCUCCUUGUGCUACACAUCUUCCCCAGCAUCUAUGAUAUGAUUGGGGGAGCAGUUAUCAUCAUUAGUGUCUUUUUCCUUGCAUGUUAUAAACUGUCUUGGAAGGACUUAAGAAAACAAGAGUAUGAGGAGAUACUAGAUUCUUGUAUUAAAUGACUGCAAAGCUGUAUUUUGUUUACUGAUAUCUACAAUUAAUAUUCAUUUGUGUAUGUCUUUUGUAGAGUGUUGUUGACAGCAUACUGCCAUUUCUUGUCUGAAUAUAAAAGGUUACAUCUGCCCUAGUAUAGCUCAGUGGAGUUGCACUAGAAAUUUCUGUCCUGUGUAGGAGAAAUGUUUUAAAAUGUUAAUGCUGUGAAAAUUAGAUUUUCUUCUUAACUAGUAUAUAAGAAGUGCCAAUAUUUAAUAUACACAACUCUGUCCUUUAAAAUAUGUCUCAUUAGAGUCUAGCAGGCAUAGUCAGACCCUAAGAUUUUUAUAUCAGACUAUGAUGUUCACCUGUGUAAAGCAACCAUUUGUUGGGUCUCAGGCAAGGUAGUCUUCAGAAGGAAAUAGCAAACUGAGCCCCUUAGCUUCUCACCACAAAUAACCAGAUCUUAAAUGGAAGUUUUUACAGAGGUUUGUUGUAGUAUAGGUUUUGACACAUUACCUAUUCUAGGUUGUUAUAUGCAUAUAUGGUUCCUACAGAUUUCAUCUGGCUUGCCAAUUUGCAUUUCUUGCAUUGACUGGAGCUCACUGAUGGUGUGUAGCCUGAAACCUGACCUGACAACCUCAACUCACAGCAUGCUUGCUGUGGAUUCAAGAGCAGAGACAGUGUGACCGCAGAGAAAAGCACAGCAGCCGAACAUGGACACUGAAUGAUUGCUCAUGGAAACAAUAUAUUGUUUGUUUUAAUAUGUAAUGUUUUAUAAAUAAGAAUUUUAAAUUGUAUGUAACAAUUAU